CCGGGCGGGUGGCGCCAUCGCUGUUGACGCCGUGGCGCCGCCUCCUCUCGCCCUCACACGCUGCUGCCCGUCGCUAUGCUACAGAUGAACGACUCGGUAGAGCCGGACGCGGCCGUGUUGCCGACCGACGGCAUGGCGGCCCCGGGGUUCCCGUCAGCGGGCGGCGGAGCGGAGGCGGCGGGAGCUGCGGCGGGGACGGGGAUCGGGGCGGCGGGCAGCGGGCCGAGUAGCGCGGCCUACGGCGCCGAGACCCUGACUCCCAUCAGUGUGAAGGAUCCCACGCUGCAGGCCAGGAUCAAGGACUACUUCGUGUUCAGGCCAGGGACCAUUGAAAAGGCAGUUUCAGAUAUCCGAUCUAUUGCCAUGCCGACGGAGGAUGGAGGUGUGCAGAGUGUGUGGCUGCUCACAGAGAUCGACCACUGGAAUAACGAGAAGGAGCGUUUGGUGCUGAUCACUGAGCGAUCGUUGCUGUUCUGUAAAUAUGACUUCAUCAGCCUCAUUUGCCGACAAGUUAUGCGCAUUUCACUGAACGCAGUGGAUACCAUUUCAAUUGGAGAGUUUCUUUUUCCACCAAAGUCAUUGAAUAAGAGAGAGGGACAAGGUAUUCGUGUUCAGUGGGACAAACGGGAAACUCCAUCCUUUAUUAAUCGCUGGAAUCCAUGGUCCACUGAUAUGCCAUAUGCCACUUUCACUGAACAUCCCAUGGCAAAUGCAGAUGAGAAGAUUGCAUCGCUCUGCCAGCUGGGGAACUUUAAGACCCAAUUAAUCCAAGCGGUGAAGAAGGCACACAAAGAGGCCCCACUGCCCGGCCGGGCCAACGGCGUGCUGAUCUUGGAGCGGCCUCUUCUCAUCCAGACCUAUGUCGGGAUAAUGUCCUUCAUUAACAAUGAAGCUAAACUGGGAUAUUCAAUGUCAAGGGGAACAAUCGGAUUUUAAAAGGUUUGAGCUUGUGUCUACAUUGCCUCUUCUGCACCCUUCCACUUUGCAUUAAUCCAAUCUUCAGUCAGGAAGCGGACAGCUUUGGGUGCAUGUUGUGAAGUUGGAUAAACUGCGUGAGAUUGCACUCUUCCCGAAGAGCACACGGAAUUGUAGCAUGUGGUGCAAUGUUCUUUUUAAGGACAUUGCUUCUAUAUUAUAGCAUAUAUACAACAAAAUGCAGUACUGCAAUUGCAAAAUGAUUAGUACAGUGUCCUGCUUGUAUCGUACGUGUUACUGUUUAUUGAUGGACUUGCUUCCUAUGCUUGUUUUUGCAAUUAAUGGAUACUGGUCAUUUUUAAUUGCUUGCUCUUAUAUCGCCUGUGUUUUGUUAAAUGGGAAUGUGAAAGGAACAGUUAGUGUAGUGUCCUUUCACCUCUUGGAUUUUAGUUCAAAUAUAGCACAAAUAGAAGUCGACGUUUUCCAAAGAAAAGCCAGGUUGAUUUAAACCCAAAGUGUAAUGUUGUCCUAAAGGACAGACUGACACAGGCACUGAGUGUACAGGUGUUGUAUCACAAAACAAUUACAGUCAGUCCCCUAGCAGUGAAACUGUUGGACAACAAGAUGCCUGGAUCAUUGACUUUGAAUUUUAUCACGUUUGGGGAUUUUAAUUUCUGGUAAUUGAAUCCAGAAUUUUAAACAUGAAGCUAUGGUUGUAAAAUCUCAUCAGUUCAUUAAAAUCGUUUGUGGAAGGGAAUCUGUCAUCUGGUGUGACCCAUUUUCUCAACAUUGUGCAGUUAGCUGGCUUUUUUAAUUCAGUGGGAAACUGGAGAUGGAUAACAUGCCAUUAUUAGCAGUAACACCCACAUCUGUGAAUGAAUUAGUAACCGAUUUAACCAUUACUUCCAAUGGAAACUUCUACUGCAUGUAUUUACUGAGCCUACUCCAAUACUACAUUGUCCAUAUUACAAUCUGAUCACCAGAUACUGUGGUACAGAAGCAAUUGUAUGGUCUGGUAUACGGUCAGGAAUGUUUACAAACGGAGCCCGUGCAGGCUCUCGAUCUCAAGCUCUGAAGUAGUGGGAGAUUUAAAAGGGGAGCGGUUGGAUGGGCUCAUUGAGGCCCUGCAAAAAAUAAGAGUAGGUGUAGCAGAGCAGCCUAUUGGGAGGGGCUGUGUUAGAGAGGCUGGGUGUUGAAGUGAAAUGCUUUGAGGGCACGUGCUGAGGCUUUGGUUCAAGAGACUUCAGCAAGGAAGCAGCAGGUUAGGGUACAGUGUUUUUUUUUGUGUGUGAUUCUUCUUUUUCUACCCCCUUGCACUGAAUGCAGUAGAGAUGGCAGGUGGGAUAGUUGGAUGCUUCUCCUGCACAAUGUUGGAAGUCAGGGGCAUUUCCAAUGUCCCCGAGGAUUAUACCUGCAGACGGAUGUUCAACUGCAGCUUCUUACUGAUACGUUAGGGAACUGGACGCCGUCAGGUUCAUCUGGCAGUAUGAGCGUGUUGUCGAGGUGGUCACAUAGGCAGAGUAGAUGGUUGACCAACAGGAAAGGGAGUAGGCAGAGAGUGUAGUCAUCCCCUGUGGCCAUUCCUCUCCAAAACAGGGAAAGCAGUUUGGGUACCGUAGCGCAGCACCAAAGCAAUAGGAGAGUUGUUAGUUCGGGACACAGGAGAUUCUGUGGCAGCACGGUGCUAGGUUUCAGCACGUCUCUGAGUAGCUGCCUACAACCACCACCAGGCCAGUCAAUGGGGCAACAAAGCACAUUUCCACAAUAUUUAACACCUAUAAUAUUUCAUUGUUACAAAUACACACAGUGCAGUUUUUGACACCACUAACUGACUGCAACUAACCAAAUUAUUCCAGCCCUUGAUCUAUAAAGUCACUUCACUGAAAAAAUGUAAAUGCACAGAAAUGGGGAGGAGGGUCAUUAGCCUCCCCAACAUUGAUAUAAGCUAUGUUAAAAAUUAUACUGUUACAAGCUGGUUCAAUGCCUCGGGCAAUAAUAGAAAGUGAAAUUUGUAAACUACAUUCAUUAGCAGUUAUCUCAACUGUAUUCCAGUAUGUUGUAACUAUUUCUCUAAGCUAUCACAUAUGCUAAUAAAAUUGACAAUUAUUGGAACAUG